AUGCACCCACCCCACGUUGAGAAGACGGAGCGUCUGGUGGCGUACUCCAUCCGGUUCCUCAUGUCGCCCAAGGAGUACAAGAACCUGGUGGCCAAUCUGGAGGCCAAGAAAAACACGGAGAUGCUCCAUUACAACAUGGUCGCACCCUCGGCCGUGGAAAAGAGCGCCGAAGAGCGUGGAGAUUUUACCCAGGCCACUGCUCGAGCUGGUACUCGAACGUUUCUGCGUACCCACGCACUUGUAGUGGCCAUUGUCGCCAUUUCUCGGCUCAUCAACAGACAGAAGCCCGAUAGCAUUAUCAAGGACAUCAUCUUCAACAAAACUGGCCUGCGAAUUGCCUCUUCCACAGCCUCAAUUCUUGUGGCCUUCCGAAUCUGCGACCGGCUACUCACAUCUACGCGUGAAUACAUUCUGCAACCCCAGAGCCGCAAGUUCCGAAAGAAGCACCGACUCUUCACACGAUGGAUCGUCAGUGAGCGAACCCCCACUUUCUUCGCUGCCCUGGCAGGUGGCCUCUUCCUUGUCAUCUACCCCAGAGACUUUGGCCGGUCCUACAUUGCUCUCUACACGGCUUCCAAGGCAUGUGAGUUCUUUUACAACUUCCUGGACGACCGGGGUUUCACAGCCAAGAUUCCUAGAUGGCUCGGAUCCUGGGUCCUCUUCCCCUUCGCCUACGGACAACUCUUCUCUGCCUUCUUCUUUCACCCUGAGACCGUGUCCCCCACCUUCUCCAAAUACUUCCUCAAGCUGUCGGAACCCUACCUCCCCCAUCGACCUGCAGGAUACUCUGGAAAGGUGCCGUGGCCCACUCCUCGACAGUUUGUUGACGGUGUUGCGCUUAUCGCCAAGCAGCGGUACCCCAAGUUCAACUCUCCCAUUGUGUACCCUGACUCGUACGCUCUCCCUGCUAACCUCACUGCCAUUGAGCCUGUUGUAUCUGGUGCUCACCCUGUUCUCCACACUCUGUCGGGAGCUCUGCUGCACCCCAAUGAGGCCUCUGAGUUGCCCCACUACCUGAAAUACAUCUCGGAGCAGUUUGUGGAGGUCGGAAAGAAGGUCCUUGGUCUGCAUCUUAUCAUGGGUCUUCUGCGACGAAAGGGCAAGUCUCUGUCUAGCAUCCUCUCCUCCUCCGUGUCUGGUUCUAUCCGAACUACCGCAUUCCUGGUUCUUUUGGUCUCCAACUCGUGGGCUGGUAUCGGACUGAUGCAGAAGUUCCUCGGCAACAAGACUGCUCCUGUUGAUCGAUUCCGAUUCAUCGGUAUCCUGUCUGGUCUUUGGGCUAUGAUCGACCAGUCUGCCGGCCGAGGCCGAUGGAUGUACACUGCCAGAAUGGGUGUCAUGUCUUACUGGAACGAGCUUGUCAAGCGAAAGGUUGUCAAGCCCAUCCCCCACGGAGAUGUCUACCUGUUCGCCGUGUCUCUCGCCGUCAUUCUCUCUCUGCUGCAGAAGAGCCCCGAAAGCAUUUCCGGACCGGGUCUGAGAAAGACCCUCAACUGGUUCCGGUCUAACGAGUACGCCGACCCCGUCAAGCUGGAGGAUCUCAAGGAGAAGUCUGCUUAG